ACCCCUCGUCCAAAGAUGUCGAUACAUUUUGAUGUUAUUUUUCGUUUUAAGAGUGGCCACAUAUUUAAUUAUUUUACUAACGAUAGACCGAGUCGCAACAGAGGCAUCGAUAGCAAUCAGUCACACUACUCGCAGAACACCUGAGUAAAGGCAGUCCAGUGUCGCGACCCGAUUGCGAAACAACGAGAGAGAGAGAAAUACAAAUAUCAUUUCGCACUCACGAACGGUGACGAAAACGCCAACGACGCUUGCAUAAUGAAAAUCUGGACGUCCGAGCAUGUCUUCAACCAUCCGUGGGAGACGGUUACACAGGCGGCAUGGCGCAAAUAUCCAAAUCCCAUGACACCCUCAAUCAUUGGCACCGAUGUGGUUGAGCGCAGCGUAGUUAACGGUGUCCUACACACACAUCGAUUGGUUCAAUCCAAAUGGUAUUUUCCGAGAUGGACGCAUGCGCUAAUUGGCACCGCCAAGACGUGCUUUGCCAGCGAACGCUCCACAGUGGAUCCUCGGCGCAAGCAGAUGGUCUUAAAGACAAACAAUUUAACAUUUUGCCGUAACAUAAGUGUCGACGAGGUGCUCUACUAUGAGCCGCAUCCCACUGAUUCGAGCAAGACCCUGCUCAAACAGGAGGCGACAGUAACUGUCUAUGGUGUCCCACUAUCACAUUAUAUGGAAGAUUUACUGACCUCCACAAUCAGUUCGAAUGCGGGCAAGGGCCGUCAAGGGCUCGAAUGGGUAAUUGGCCUCAUAAAUACGGAAGUGAAGAGUAUUGCCGAUUCGGCUGCACGCGGCACAGACGAACUAAUACACAGUACGCGGCGAUCCAUCGAUGAGGUCACAGAGAGUGCGCGAAAGAGUAUGGAUGAGAUUGGUGCCCAGGCAGCCAAAGCGGCCAAAGCAAUGCACAUAACAUAGAUGUAUAUACAUAAAUGAAAGGCGGUUGGGACUGUUGGGCGUAGUGAAUAGGAAUUUACCGUAGUAGGCGCAUCGUCGGGUACGCUGCUUUGUAGUACAGCAACAACAACAAAACAAACCGACAAACGGUACAUACAUACAACAAUAACAACAACAACAAAGCAGUUGAACGAAUCAUAAGAAUAACCAAUUAUAAUGCUUUAUCCCUACGAAUGGCAAGCGAAACAUUUUAUUCGUCUGCUUUAAUAUAUAUUUUGUAAAGCAAUUAAAACAAAUUUAAAAAAUCAAUAGAAGAAAAUGUGAAAACUUUCCCAUGGUUAUCAGUCAAGUGCGCGUUGCUCUGUGGCGCGUUUUUUUUUGUUUGGUUUUGUUUUUGUUUUAGAUUGGGCCAAUGUACAAAGCCGAUAAGGCAGGCAGCCAGGCAAUGACAAGAUUCGCGCAACAACACCAACACCAGCAUAGUAGCAAAUUUAUUUAUUAAAAAAAAGAAAUAUAUGUAUACAUAUAUAGUUUGUAAUAUGCAAAAUUUUUUAAAACAAAACAUAAAAUUGAAAAAACCACAUAAAUCGAGCACUAAAUAAAUGUCAACAAAACGCUCAAGAAAAAUCAUCAAGUACAAA